AUGACUGACCUAGGAAACUUAGCAGCUUAUCGCUCCCCGCCGAACCAGUCGUCGUCUCCGGCACGAAAACAGUCUGUGGGCGAGCUUCACGAGAGGGCAGCGAUGGCUUCCUCGUUGUCGCCUGACCAGUACGGGAAGCAACCGUCGCAGGGCCAGUAUGGCGGCGGCGGCUCUGGCUCCGACCAAGAGCGGGGCCCGCUGAGCUCCCUGAAUUUGGGCUUUCUCAAGUCCCUGACGGAAAAGAGGACAACGCGAGACGGCCAAACACCCAAAAGAAGAGGACCGAAACCCGACAGUAAACCUGCUUUGACUCGGCGACAAGAACUGAACAGACAGGCACAACGUACGCAUCGUGAAAGAAAAGAGCUAUACAUCAAGGCACUGGAAGACGAGGUCCUUAGGUUGAAGGAAAUCUUCAGCAACAUAUCACAAGACAAGGAUAAGGUGGCCGAGGAGAACAGGCAACUCAAGCAACUCCUGGUCCAGAACGGAAUUCCUCUAUCUCAUUAUGGCGACGAUAUGGUUAGCAACCCUAGCGGAGGCUACACAUCAAGCGCCAGCCAGUCGGGCCACAGCUACGGUCAGAACGCCUAUACACCACCUUUGACGUCGACGACGGCGCCGUCGGUGUCGCCCUCGUCUCACGGUCCGUCUUACCCCCACGGUCUGCCCCCUCCCCUUCCCCAGAUGGGCAGCCAGCAACUGCAACAAAACAGACAAGGGCAGAGCUCUGGUAGAGGUGUGGACUUUGAGCAAGCGGGCAUUGACUUCGUCUUAACUCUCGAGAAACCCUGCAUGAAUCACAUGCCCUGGCUGUUGGAGAGAUCAAGCGAGAUGGGCGGCGAGCCCUGCGGACACGCGUUGAUGGCCUCGUGCCCCCCGGCGCCCUUCCCGGAGCUGACACCCGAUAUCCCGUUCGGGUACAGCAAUGUCAAUGGGGACUUGGACUCCCAGCAGAGGACGUGGGAAGUGAGCAAAGGCAGCCUCUCGGCCUUGCUUGACCUCAGCAAAAAGCUGAACCUCGAUGGAGAGGUCACGCCGGUCAUGGCCUGGGGCAUGGUUCUGGGGCACCCCAGAGCCCACGAACUUCGCGCCGAGGAUUUCCAGAAGCUCACUGACGAGCUUAAGGACAAGGUCCGAUGCUACGGCUUUGGUGCCGUCAUGGAAGAGUUUGAGGUCAGGGAUGCAUUGGAGAAUGUUUUCUGCUCCGGACCGGAGAUGAUGAAUUACGCCUACUAA